AUGGUUUACGAGAGCGGCAAGACUCUGCUGUCUCCUACAGCGUCCCUCACUGUGAUGAGACCUCAGGUCAAAAACUUUGAGUCGAGCGGUUGGCGGGCGGAGAUACGAAUCGGUUAUGUGAGCCGAAAGGUCCUCACUUAUCGUUGCUACCCGCCAGUCCGAGUAGGAGUCUCUCUACACCAAACAGAGGCUCUUACAGCUAGCGGACAUACAAAGCCUGUAAGGUUAUUUCAUAGAGGCUGCGUCGUAAGGCGGAGAUGGCAGUUACCUUGGCUGUGGUCAGAGGCCCGGGUGAGCGCGUGGGCUCCGAAGGAAAAGCCGGCGUCCAUCUUCGAACUCACGAUGACCUACGGAGACUUUCACCUGGUGAAAUACAAAACCGUGCUUGACACCCAGAAUGUCCAGACGUACCGGUACGAGGGCAGCGGAAAACAAGAAGCCAUACCGAGUUCUGCUCAUACAAUCAGCGGAGAGAGAUGGGUGGAUUUUAUGUACACAGUCGACACCGCCAAUUCUCUUACUUACGUCUCGGGGAACGUCGAUCGGACGCUGGUGAACUUCACGACGCCCGGCAGGAGAUUUCCUGCUUCUCUGGAAGUUGUCGGUAAUAAUCUGACACUGAACUGUUACUCAGGAGUUCGAGUGUGGAACGUGACGAGAGAGGCGGAGGUAAUUCCUUUGGAUGGAUCUGAGACAUAUCUUUUCAGUGUCUUCUCUAAUCACCACUUCUUGCCUUCCUUUACGCUCGGAAAGAACACAUUCACUUUAACACGAAACCAAACAGGUAUUACAACGAAAGAAGCUAACGAGACUCUCCCCGCCUUCGUGGAUCAUAGUUUCACCAUUGCCUUCGCGGAAGGGGCUCGCAGCAUGGUUUCCUGCGAUAUAAGGCUGGGGGAAAAUCAAACUAGUGAUCGUGUUCUGUACAUGAACGAGUUACCGACACAUCUGUCGGUUAUGGGACGGCCGGGAGAUAAGUUCUACGUAGUUCUUCGCCCAACGAAAUCCGACGAAAACGCGCCUCCCGGGCCUCCGCCAGAAAAUACUACAGCCGUGGUCCUCGGCGUAAUGUUGGUGACUGUAGUAAUUUCAGGUCUAUUUUUUGUUCUCUAUAAGAAAUGGAGGCCCGCGAGGAAGGCCAAAGCACCGGAGAAGCGGGCGACCGAGGAGCUGGUGGAGCGGGCGACCGAGGAGAUGGAGGCGCUCUUGCCCAAUUGCGAUUUGCGAAGUUCUAGCUUCGCCUUUGAGGAAAGCGGUCUCGCCACGCCGCUCCUUCCGUCCAUGAUGCAGGGGCCCGCCCUUCGACAAGUAGUGGAAGGAGAUAUCAGGCAGGUAAAGCAGGCGUUUGCAGAUGUAGAGCCUGAAGAGUCUCUCUAUGUGGAAGCUCACCUUCGGGCAAAAAUGGAAAUCGCGGAGUUCUUCCAGUCUCGGAAGGAAGCUCUGCGUUCACUCGACGUCGUUCCACGUGUCCUACAGGAGCUGAACGGACGGUUGGAGAAGAUUUUCUUGGCAGCGAAAAAAGGUCUCUACAAAACCGGGGUGGAUGUUCUCCUUCGCUAUUACGGCCUGCCUGGAUCGGUGACGGACGCGGAGGGCCGCUCCCUCCUGCACUAUGUUACUUCUUGCAAGGGCCCGGGCGAUGCUCCUAUCUGGAGUGCGGAGAAUGUUCUCAAGUUGAUAGACGAUCAUAAUUGCCUACCUAAUGCCGUCGACUAUCAAGGCAGAACAUGUCUGCACUUGCUUGCCCACUCUGCCAGCAACUCCCGUUCGAAGGUGCAGUGGCAUGGGCGGAAGGAGACCGUCGAGACAGCAUGGCUCAGUCUGGCGAAGAUCCUAGUUAAGGCAGGAGGUGACCCCUCGCUGAAGGAUCUUUCCGGAGAGCUCCCGCAUGUGGUAGCCAAGGAGAAGGCAAAGCUCGAGCUCCAUGACUUCUUUUCGACAACGUGCCAGCAGGUGAGGGAUUCCCAGUCGUUCAAGACGAUCCUGGACGCCAUUAAGAGAAAAGAGACAACAAGCGUCAAGGCCCUUCUGCUGUCUGGGCCGCCACCCGAGCCCCUGGACACCACCGAUGACCUGUUGACGGAGGCUGUGAAGCGAGGUCUUCUGGAGGUUACGACGAUGCUGCUGAGCUCGGGAGUGCCGCUGUGCAGUCACCCCCUGGUGUCCAUCACGCCCCUGGAAAUUGCUCAUAGCGUCUCGGGAAUUCCGGCAAUUCUCCCGGCGCUACUUAGACGAGAAUAUGCAAACAAGCUUCGAUUUGAAACCACCAAGAUUUUGGGACAUGAUCAAGAGUCGAGUCGUCUUCAAAGCCACAUGAGGGAAUUCGCCUGUGAAUUGGAGUCCAAAGGUAAAGACGCUUCUUGGCACUUCACGGAAGAAGAAAAUAUAAGAAAGUAUUUGUGCAUCGCGGCCGGCCUCGGGCUGACUCUUACAUGUCAAGUGUUAGGCCUAGAUGACGUGUUCCUGCAGCCUCUCCUCGAUGAAGACAAACCCGUCAAAAAGGCUGUGGAGAAUAAACACAACCAUAUGCUGUCUGUGCUCUACCGUGACUUGAAUAUGUCUUUGUUUUCAGCCACUGAUGAGACAACACUGCCAAAGGAUGUUAUAGACAAUGUAAUUCAUUGUGAAUUAAAAAAGUUGAACAGGUUUCUGGAAAAAGCAGGUGUUGAUGGGCGCAUGGACAGGCAGUUCCAAAUGACGAAAGAAGAGAAUGGACUUGGCGAAAGUACAUGGCUGCAAGGCAUCGCAAAACUAGGACUUGUAACAAUUUACCACAAAGUAGUGAAAAUAGGAAGAGCCCCUGAUAUAAAUCAUGCAGUUGAACAACUCACAGGAUAUAAUUUGCUUCACCUGGCAGCACUUUAUGGUCAGCUAAAUAUGGUCGAAUACCUUUUGCUGAACAAGGCAAACGUGAUGGCAAAGGGAAAGAAUGGGUUUACAGCAGCCCACCUGGCGGCACUCAGAGGUAACCGAGAGUGCAUGCGGUACUUGCAUGCUCACAUGGAGACCCAGGGUCACUCCAAGGAUACUCGAACCCAUGCUGGCUUGACGGCAAUGCAGUUGGCCGACGGAUAUAAGGCUCUUGUGGAAGACUACAGCAAGAUUCUUCUUCCAGAGAAAGAUCGACUGAGCGUGUUGAGUUGUCCAUACGCCAUCAAGAAAACCAAGAUUCUGCUUCAGAGGAAGGGCUUGCACUUGGGAAUCACAGACGAGCAGAGUUUCCAUGACACAGUUAAAAGAACGAUGUUUAGACAGCCACAGUCAUCUGACAUAGUAAAUGAAAUGGCAAAUUUGCUGAAAGUUGUAUGCCAAGAAGACCCAAGGUUCUGCGGGGAAAUGGUCAUUCCAAAUCCUGAAGGGACACUCCCUUCUAUAGUGCCAGAAGAUUCCUUUCAAGUGUACUGGCAGGUUAAUAUCGAAGCAUGCACCAGAGUAAACCCAGAGCACAGCGGUGCAGAGCAAUGUUUACUCACAUUUUCCCCUGAGGGUGAAUUUCGGAACUGCUGUUUUAGGGACGAAUUCCACAAAGCUAUCAGAAAAUCACUAAGCACGUACACUUUUACCUCUAAAUACAUGUGGCUCACGUACCCUUGCAUCUCCAAAGCAGAUAUUGGUACUUCAGUAUACCUCGUGUGGUACAACGCAGGCAAAGUUAGACUAAUACGAGUCCUGCUCAUUCCCGUGCUGAAGACAACGUAUCCGAAAGACAACCAAAACGAACAUGUGUCCAAGCUGCUGGAUAGAUAUUUAAAGAAUGAGGUUCCUGUCCACAUUGCCAAUAAAGGAAGGGACAGGUGGAGCUACGUCCUAGUUCAGCUGGAAAGUGAGAUAUUAGCUCAGAUAACCGAAGAACAAAGAUGUGUUUUAUUGGCUUGUAAACUCCUGACAAACCUACUGUAUUCUUGCUGGUGGUUCCCUAGACAACACAGCCGAAGACACGGUCGUGCGUGGGGGAACUAUGUUGCUGGGAUCGUGGCUCUCUCCCAGUCCCUCCUCUCCUCAAUGUUCUUCGAUGAACUUUCAUGCACGACGCUGGAGGACUGGGGUCCCUCAAAGUUCCUCGAGCGAAUCAUAUCGAUUUACAAAAGGGCAACAUGCGCGGAUAAUGGACGACCGAGGGUCGAAGAAAUACCCUUCUUCCUCGACUCGAGGCACUCGCGGGAAAGGGCAUCGCUAGUCAUCCUGUCUGUUAUCGAGUACCUGCAAGAACUCAGAGGCUGUGACCGAAGCGGCAAUAGAACUGCUUCCAUCGCGUCGACUUCCCUUAGUAAUAAGUAUUAGUUGCCCCAAGAAAAUGUAGAUAUGGCAAUCAUCUUUUAGAUUUAGGCGUCACCUUGGACGCAGUAUUUCCGAAAUUCAUCAUUUCAUAGUAACUAUUUCAACAUUAGGAAUGUUUGUUGAAAAAAUAA